GAGCUGACACCUUACGAAAAGUUAUUCGAGCACCUUCUUCUAUUUGAGGAAGAUGCUUUUCCGUGUUUAACCCGGAAUUGAACAUGACGUAGACAAACAUUGCCAGGCACAGGGUGAACAACUGGCAUUAUUCUUUUCAGGGAUAGUUUGAUAAACCUUCUGUAACUAUUUUUUCAGACAUCCCACAUACAAAUGUUCUAGAAAAUACAGAAUCAACUAUCUAUUGACUAGUCAAAAAGUUGCAGUAUAACGCCCUAACGAAAUUUAAGGACGAAGGGAUCCACAGAAGAGAGCAGGAAUAUUGUAAACCAAGCUCUUGUGGUUCCUAACCAUGGCGUCCCCUUCGUCGCAUUCGCUAACUGUUACACAACAGGAGCAGCUUCUUGUGGAAGAAAGGGUCCAAGACUUUUUCAAAAUAUUAUCCCCGGAUAAUUAUCAUGUAGUAUUGGAGCUUUGGCGUGAUCAGCACAUUGAUUAUCUACAACGAGGCAUCAAUCGCCUUGGCCCAGGCCAUUCUGUGUUAGAUGCAAACCGUCCUUGGUUAUGCUAUUGGAUUCUUCACUCCAUGGUUCUUUUGGGAGAGCCUAUUGACGAGGAACUUAAGCAACGCACGGUUAACUUCCUUUGUCGUUGCCAGGAUCCUAAUGGUGGCUAUGGCGGAGGACCCGGGCAGAUGGCACAUCUUGCAACAACUUAUGCUGCUGUCAAUGCUCUUGUCACUGUUGGUGGAGAUACAGCUUUGGCUUCAAUAAAUAGGGAAAAUAUGCUCAAGUUUUUGCAUCGGAUGAAAGAUCCUUUGGGGGGAUUCAGAAUGCAUGAUGCUGGUGAAAUAGAUGUUCGAGGUUCUUACACUGCAGUCGCUAUUGCAAAAAUGCUUGGCAUCUUAGUUCCUGCUUUGAUGCAUAAUUUGGCAAAUUUUAUUGUGAGUUGCCAAACAUUUGAGGGUGGUAUUGGAGGCGAACCAGGAGCCGAAGCUCAUGGUGGGUACACAUUUUGUGGGUUGGCUGCACUAAUUUUGAUCAAUGAAUCUCAUCAGUUAGAUUUACCAAGUCUUCUUGAUUGGGCUGUAUUUCGCCAGGGAAGAGUAGAAGGUGGAUUUCAAGGCCGUACAAAUAAAUUGGUGGAUGGAUGUUAUUCCUUUUGGCAGGGAGGAGUGUUUCCCCUUAUUCAAAGGCUUUUAGACAACGUGCAUCUACAGUCAAGUAUGUCUUAUGCCAAAACAGAACAUAUGGAUAAACCAUUACCAUUGAAUAGAGAUAUGAGUUCAGAGGAAAGUGUAUUGUUAAGGGAAAGCAGUGCUCAACAGUUGGAUGUCACAGAAACUAAUUCAGAGUGUGAAGAUACUAACAGAGGUUUGAUUGCUGAAAAGAUAUUCCCAGUUUUUGAUUGCUUCCACAAGAAAUCAGUAUACAUUGAAACUGCAGAGGAACAUCAAGCUCAUAGCAGGAAUUCCUCAAGUGAUGGCGAGCAAGGCAGCCAUGAUUCUUUACUGUAUUUUAUUGAAAAGGAAAUUCAAUGUGGCCCCCUGUUUAACACACACGCAUUGCAAGGUUAUAUAUUGUUAUGCUCACAGGUUCCUGAUGGAGGUUUACGAGACAAACCUGGAAAAUAUCGUGAUUAUUAUCAUACUUGCUAUUGUCUUAGUGGUUUGUCUAGUGCCCAGUACAGUUGGUCACACCGGAUUGGGACUCCUCCCCCUCCUGCAGCAGUGCUGGGUCCGUUUACCAACUUGCUGGAACCUGUACACCCUCUCUUUAAUGUUGUAUUGGACCGAUAUUAUGAUGCUCAGAGGUACUUUUCAAGUUUGUAGAAAAAUAGAAAGUAGUCAAUGAUGAUCAUUACAUGUCAUCAGGUGCAGAGUUUACUUCUAUAAUCUGAAAUUUUAGCGAUGGGUGAUCUGUUCAAUUUGACAUGCUUUAUGAUAUUAUGUUUCUUACAGUAAACAAGGCAGAGCCUUCACACAUCAUACAUCUCUGAUAAGGUUUAAAUACCUUGGUUGAUACUAGAUUCUCAAUCAUCUUAUGUAUCAUAUCCUGAAGAAGAUUGAUGAUGCCAAAACAUCAACAUGAUUUAUUUGCUUGUGUCUAUAGGCUUCACCAUUUGCCACCAUCUAGAAAAUAAAAUAAUAUGUGGAAAGAAUUUGCUA